AUGUCGCUACGAAUUGUCAUAUGCGGUGACGAUGCCGUAGGUAAGCUGACCCUACUAGCUUCCUUGGUGAAGGGCGAAUAUGUCCCUUCGGUUCAAAGCAUCAUACCUUCAGUCACCAUAUCCAAAGAUGACUAUGUCGCCAUGAGCGAUCUGAUAUCAGAAGAUUCCGAAAUUGACAGCUCCACAUCGUCACUUCUGCCCUAUAUUCCAUCAACAACCGUCAUUGUCGAUACUUUGGCGUCUGACCGCAUGACCCUCAAUAAGGAGCUCAAACAAGCGGAUGUGAUACUUCUAGUGUACCUGGACCAUUACACCUACGAAAGAAUCCUGUUGUACUGGAUGCCUUUCUUCCGUGCUCUGGGUGUCAAUUUGCCUGUUAUAGUCUGUGCUAACAAAAGCGAUCUACACGGUCUGAGUGAAAAGCCUCUAUCGUUCAAGCAGCAGAACGCUGAGGAGUUCGUUCCUCUUAUCAACGAAUUCAAGGAGAUUGAAGCGUGUGUUAGAUGUAGCGCUAAAACUAGUGCCAAUGUCGUGGACGCCUUCUAUCUUUGCCAGAGAGCAGUGACACACCCGAUAUCGCCUAUCUUUGACUCUAAAGAGGGUAACUUAAAACCUGCUGCUGUGGAGGCACUCAAGCGUGUUUUCUUUUUGUGUGAUGCUGACCAGGAUGGAUACCUCUCUUUUCAAGAAUUCUCGGACCUUCAUUCAAAGUGCUUUGGACAUCCAGCUUCACAAGAGGAGUUCGACGACAUCGUGCUCAGUUUAAGCAGUGUGAUCCUCCCAUCUGAAGGUGAUCCAAAGGGCAUAUCCGAAAAUGCAUUCAUCAUCUUGAAUAAGAUGUAUGCCGAGAAGGGCCGUCAUGAAACUAUAUGGGGUAUACUACGGGCCUUCCAGUAUACAAACUCACUUUCGUUGAAUGAUAAGUUUCUAUUUCCAAGCAUCGAGGUUUCUGAGCACUCCAGUGUUGAGCUCAGUCCUAUCGGCUACCGUUUCUUUGUUGACUUGUUUUUAAAGUUUGACAAGGACAAUGACGGUGGUUUGAAUGAAGAGGAGCUCUCUAAUUUGUUCUUGCCUACACCAGGAAUUCCCAAGCUCUGGAAGGAGUCAAACUUUCCAUCGUCCAUUGUCUGCAAUGAAAGAGGCUACGUGUCAUUGCAAGGGUGGUUGGCUCAGUGGAAUCUAACGACUUUCCUUGACCACAAAACUACUUUGGAAUAUUUGGCCUAUUUGGGUUUUGAUGAGGGCAAUUCCACCAAAGCCAUAAGAGUAACAAAGCAGCGCAAGCUUAGACAGAAGCAAGGUAAGCAGUAUCGCAGUCCUGUCAAUGACAGAAAUGUGUUCAACUGCUUCGUUGUGGGUGGUCCGCAAUCUGGAAAGACGUCACUUCUUGAGCAAUUCAUCAGAGGUACCUUCAGUGAAUACUACUCGCCCACUAUACAACCAAAGAUAUGUGUUAAAGAUAUCGAGCUUCGAGGCGGAAAACAAUGUUAUCUCAUCCUCGAGGAGCUUGGUCAGCUUGAGCCAGCCAUUCUUGAAAACAAAAGUGUGCUUGAUAAGUGUGAUGUUAUUUGCUACACCUACGACUCUUCGGAUCCAGACUCUUUCCAAUACCUUGUGGACCUUCGCAAGAAGUUCCUGAAUUACCUAGACGAGAUCCCUUCAGUAUUUGUCGCCUUGAAAGCUGAUCUCGAUAAACAACAACAAAGAUCCGAUGUGCAGCCCGAAAAUUACACAAGGGAUCUAUUCUUAAGCUCGCCACUACACAUUUCGAGUUCCUGGACCACUUCACUACACGAACUCUUCAUCCAAUUGGUCGACGCCGCCAAAACCCCCAGCAUCUCGACACCAGGUCUCGAAACGCAUCCUGAUACAACUGAUUUUGAAAAUCUCAAGCAUUAUCUCAUUGCGGGUGGUGCCAUUGGUUUCAUGGCUAUCUUCUCUGUCUGGAUAUGGAGAAGUGCGCAGAUUCUGAAUCGCUAG